UGCUCUCGGCAGUCUGUGAAAGCUAACGGGCAAAGAUAGUAAGUGGCAGACCAGAGCCUGGUGGGAGGAGAUUCGGCGCUAUUGAAUUUGUCAGUGAGCACACAGUGCAGCUCAGAGUGAGAUCACAUCCUCGCACUACAGGCUGUCUAUAUCAGUGUAUCGCAGCAGCUCGGGGGGCUGCAUGAUAUCCUCGGGAUUACAGCAGCAGGAAACCAAAAAAAAAAGCCGUUUGUCUUCACCCUCAGGAUUGCGUCUGAGGUCAGCUCAACAAAAUGGGCCUCAAGUAGGAUACUUUUUUAAAGAAGUCUUACGGAACUGCCUCUGGUACUUUUAUGGUCAAUUCUGGAUUACUUUUGGUUUCAUACUUAACACUCCACUAUGUGGGGCAGAGUUAUCUCAGACCACAAGAAUGGUUUUCUGAUCUGCAGCAGACAAACAGGUUCUGAUGUUGCACAUACUGGAUGGGUUCAAGGUUGUGAGGCAGUGUGGCAGGCCCCUGUGCUCCUGACCAGUGGUCACAACAAUACCAGCAGAAGAUUCAGCGCUACCUCCGAUAGUGGAGACACUGGAAUAGGCACUUCAAGCUCAGACAGCAUCGAAGAGCACUCAAGUGGAAUCUCAUCAUUCAAACCAAUCCGAUCGCACGUUGCCAUCCCUACAGCCCAUGUCAUGCCUUCUACCUCUAAUCCCUCAUUAAGCAGACCUGGGGAAAAGGAUGACGGAGCUCCCUGUACUAAAGUGAACCUUUCCAAGACGUUGCCUAGCAAGUCAAAAGAUGUUUUUGCUCGGAACUCUUCCUUGGACAUGAAGGACCCCCGACCCAUCAGGAAAUGGUCGUCCCUCUCCAAGCUCAAUGGAACGGGGAAGGAGAGUCCGGACUGUGAGUUUACUGGCAAUGGAAACUCUGCAAACUGUAUGGCCACUGUAACAAAUAUCAAUGUUAAGCCUAGUACAUAUGGGGAAACUGACCUGGACAACUUUACAUAUCGCAAUACAGAAUGUUCAAAAACCGAGGAAACAAAGCGAUGGGAUACAUCUGCCAAAGAGUUCUGCCAGAGCCAGUAUCCCAUUUCUGAUGGGCAGUACAAAUUUGAGAGUUUUUAUAAUGCUGCAGGUGACUCCUCUUUGUCGUCAUCCACGCUCAACAAGAAGCGCUCAGACUUAGCACCCAGUGCCUUGACUGCAACCAAAGCCACCCCAGACGACGUGGAGACUUACAGACCGAGACGUGGCUUUCCGUCUUGGGAACACCAGCCUGCUUGCGGCACAACGACUCCUUCUUCUCUGAGGACUCAGCGGUGGCUGAGUGACCAGAUGCAGGCCGCUGCUCUCGGCCUCGGCCCUGCGGAAGGCUCCUGUGCAUUUGCGGGUUGGCAGCGGAAACAGCCCCCAGAGCAGCUGGGGCAAGAAGCCGGUCAGAAGCAGAUGCACAAUAAGUCACCAUUGCAGGUUUCAAUGGUGUUCCCCACCCAGUUAAACCAUGACCCAUGUCAAAAGGAUGCACAGUUAAAGAUAAAGGAGAGUCUGCUCAGAAAAAAGGACAUGAUUAUUGAACGCCAGGAGCAGCAAAUCUUCCAGCUUCAGCGAAAAAUACAAGAAAAUGAAUUACAAGCACAAAAGGCAUUCUUGGAGCAUGUCGACCCUGUACUCUUACUGAAAACACAGCAGCUUCAGUCUCCUUGUGAGAAUGUGAGACAUUCACAGCUUACGGAAAUGCCCAACGUGGUUGACUGUGGAAAAAAGGAUUUACAGCAAAGACUGUCGGCAGCUGAACUUGAAAUUGUACGUCUCAAAGAAAGUCUCAAGAAAAGUGCACAAAAAUACAUGGAAGAUACAAAGAGAAUUGAAGAGAAGAUGAAGGCACGUGAGAAGUAUAUCAGCAGCCUGAAAAAGAAGAUGCAAAAGGAAUCUGAGCAAAGUCAUGAACGGCAGCAGAGAAUAGAAACUUUGGAGAAAUAUCUUGCAGACCUGCCCACCCUGGACGACUUUCAGAGUCAGAGCCAACAGCUUACAAUCCUGGAAGAGAAAAAUGAACAAUUUCAGAAUGCCUUCAAAGAUUUUGAGAGAAAACUAGGAGAAAAUCGGGUCCUUUGCAGAGAGAAGGAGGUCCUUCUGGAAAACCUGAAAAAAAGGGAAAAAGAAUUGGUCAUUACUGUGCAAAGCCUACAGAAGAAGGUAGAGAAGUGCCUGGAAGAUGGAGUUCGGCUUCCCAUGCUGGACAUGAAGCAACUCCAGACUGAGAAUGACUACCUCAGGAAAAAGUGUGAACAUGCCAGCAAGGUGAUUGACAAUCAAGAACAGCAAAUAGAAAAGUGCAACCUGGAGAAAAAGGCUUUAGAGGAAAGGUUGGCACAAGAAAAGUUUGCCUCACAGAUGUUUCGGAAGGAACUGGGAGAGACACAGAGGAACCUGCAGCUGUUGAAAGACCUCAUGGAAGAUAAUUCAUCAAAGAACCAAAGGACAGCAGAAGAAAACUCAAAUUUAGGGGAACGAUCACAGGAAACCGAGCAGUACAUGCCCUCUCCAGCUGAAGAGAGAAGAGACAUCCAAAUGGUGCUGAAGGAAAUGUCUAAUUGCCUGCGUGACCUGCAGGCACUGUGCAACAUUCUUACUCAGAGAGCACAGGGAAAGGAGCCAAAUCUUUCACUGUUACUUGGGAUACAAUCUUUGCAGUGUUCAGGUGAUGAAGAGAAUAAUCACAGUGAUGAAUUUCUUUCAAAGAAGCUAACUGAUGUCUAUCAAUUACGGAAUGAUAUUGAUGAAUUACGGACCAUAAUAUCUGACCGAUAUGCUCAGGAUAUGGGUGACAACUGUAUUACUCAGUGACAACAAUUUUAUCUUGUAAGCACUUUUAUCCUGUGGACUUCCAUUAAAAAGAGCCAUAAAGCAACAUUGCAACUAACGUCUGAAUGAGCCAAGAAAGAAGCUUUGUUGAAAGAUGGUGUUAUGGAAUGUAUGAAUAUUUAACUCCCUGUUUUUAACCCCACACCCCAACUUAAAACUACUGAAGGUAAAACUGAUUCCGACAAAUCUAAUUUAAAUUAAAGUUAUUUUAUUUGAUUAAGAGUGUAUUUGAAUCUAGCGAUACAACUCAAUAUAUUUGAGUUGGUUACGUGGCAUUGUUAGGAUUGGUGAAUUUGACUUUAGAUUUUAACUUUCAAGGUUUCAAGUGCCAAGCAGGCACAGAACACAACUGAUCAGGAAGCUGUGAGUUAAUCCCCAUUUUUUUUCCGAAAUGGAGUUAAUCUGUAGAAGACUGAAGCUUUACAAUUUACUAAGAUAAUGAGAACUGAAAUAGAGCUUAUGUGCAGCUCUUAGACUUGGUUAUGAUGUUCAAUUUUGCUUCACCACGAAUGAUUAGCUGUUAAUAUUCAAUGUCUACCUUGCACAUUAGAGUACUGACUUAAAGUGCCAGAGAUGUGCAGGUGCUUCUAUAAAUUAAUACACAUCCUACUUGAAAGGAGGGGUGUAACACUGGAAACAUUGUUUUACUUAGGGUGUGGAAGAUAUCUAUUUGAAUAAUUAACUUGUACAGUUGAUGUGAAAACAGACUAUGAAUAUAAUCUGUUCAUUGCUGGGGGAAAGUUAUCUUCCAAGUCACAACUAUACUUGGGUUUUACUAGAUUGAUUCCAAGUAAAAGUCCAUCUCCACACUCUGCUUACUUUUACCAGUAAGAUCACUAGCCUCAGAAUUUCACUCACUUUUUCAUAGAAGUGCUGAAUAACAGGCUGAAUGAUGUCUGAAAACACACCAAGCUGGAAUGGUCAAAUCUUGGGGAGAGCAAGUUGUGGAGAGAAUUAAACUAUAUAUUAAAAAAAUAGAAACAAUUCACAGUUCAUUGUGAAUUACUAUGUAUAUAUAGUAUUCUGUCUGCACUUGCUGCAGCCAGUAAUUGACUGAAAAAAAAUGUUGGAAGUAACAAAGAUUAUUUUCUAACUAAUAAGGGUUUUAAACACAGAAAUGGACACUGAUUAGUUUAGGAUUAGAAUUAACACAAACACUGAAAAUUACAUCAGCCCUAAGGCAGACAAGGUUAUCUGUAGCAUCCUUUUAACCAGAAGCCAAAAUUUACUACGAUUGGACUCGUAGUGAGAAAGAUCAAAGUUUUUCUUUUCCCAUAAUGGUUAAACACCAAAGAGUACAGACCUGUAUUUGAAGUCAUGUGGGAAUGUAAUUCGAGCUCUGCUACUUUAAUUGGUUUAAAGACAAGUUUAAUGUCGACAUAGAAACAGAUGUAUUUCUAUAAAAGACCAGCUCCAGAUAGGUAUAUGCAUAAUGAUCCAAAAUUCCAAAGUACAUUAUUAAACUAACACUGAAAUGUGUUCUGUUUUGUAUAAAAGUGAAAAGUAGGAAAAUAUUUGCAAACUCUCAGUACUACUUUAUAUGAAAUGAAAGGCAAGAUUAGUAGAUCAGGUUAUCUACUUGUUUUGUAGGGUUAUUCACUGAGCUUGGAGGCUUACGUUUCAUCUCCAGGUGAUAUCAAUGCGCAAUUAAGUGUUUCUGCUGAGUGCUCACGUAUAUAUUGGUCUGACGCGUUGUUCUGAUUGGGUGCUGUCGCACUGGCCACUAGUCUCCACUAGACCCAGCAGAGACUAGUGGCCAGUGUGAGCGCACCCAAUCAGAACGAGUUAGACCAAUAUAGACAUGAGCACACGGCUGAAACAACACUCAACUGCGCACUGAUGAUGUCACCUCGAUUGGUGACAAAACGUUUGCAACCGAAACUUCCAAGCUCAGCGAACAGCCCUACAAGCAAACUGCUUCAUAUAAUGGAAGGACAGAGCAUUAGUCAUCGGUGCUUAAUGGCAUAAAGUAUUCGAAAGAAAAGCACAGGGAUAAUGAUUGGAUUUUUUUUCUUCUUUUAUGAGAAGGCGCAGGUGUCUAGUAAAUUUCAUCCCACAGAUGAGAAAAAUAGAUCAGCAUAUUGGAGGGAAAAAUGGUAUUGCUUUUGGUGCAUCAAUAAUCUGCAGCACUGUGUACCAUUGCAAAUGGAAAUUGAUUAUGCCUGGAGCAAAAGAGUAAAUAAUUAAUUGGUUCUUCCCAUAUCACCACUGCAAUGCUUUUUUCAUUUAGUACAGUAAAUUGGAUUUCUGGAUUGUUUUCUUUUUAAACUCAUAAUUGGACAAAAAAAUCACCCUAGAAAGAGAUGACUUGCUCAGUAAAGUAAGCAGAGUGACGGUGAUAAAUAUAUUUCUUAUUUUGAACAAAAUUCUACCAAAGGAUUUGUGGAAUAUAAAUUAUAAAAAUGCUUUGGGUGUUCUAAUUUUAUAGCAUAGAAAGCCAUUGACAUUUUCUGCUUUGGAAUUCAUACUGUGGCAAGCUAGAAGUAUGUGAAAUAACCAAAAACGCUGUUCCUGUGUAAUGAUAAUGAUACCUUUCUACUCAUCUCUCCACAUAGUACACGCAGGCACUUGAUUAUGAACUGAGGUAGAACAUUUAAAUAUUUAGGAAAAAUAUUUCAUUUUGACCUGGUAUUGAUUCCAAUUCAUUCCAAUUUGUAGCUUAGCUUCUGUUCUCACAGAGGCCUCUUGUCCCAUUGGUUACAUAAGCUCCAGAAGUCAUCUUUUUCUGCAUCUGUUCUUCUUCUCAAAGUCGUCUUUCUGAUCCCCUUUCCCAGAAUUUCCACUGUAUACCUGCACUCUUCUUAAUGUUACCACAUUAUUAUUCAGGCUAAAAGGUCAGAAAAACAAAACUCUUCACCCUUUCCUCUCUAUUUUUUGUAUCCUUGGAGUCUGUCAACAUGCCCAGUUUUAUUGGAUUAUACAAUAUGAGAAAGCUGUCAUUCAGAAACAAGUAUCUGAUUUUUUUUUUUAAAUCAUUGACUGUGCCAUAUUGUAUGACGUAGAUGAUCAUGGUCUCAUGAUCAUGAAUGUUCUUGGCAGUGUCUUUUUGCAAGGCAGGUGACAUCAGCCAUUUUCUAUACCCUGCAGAGUAUUCUGCCUGGCGUCAGUGAUCGCAUAACCAGGAUUUGAGAUAUGCACUGGAUGCUCAUACAACCAACCACCACCUGCUCCCAUGGCUUCACGUGACCCUGAUUUGGGGGUGGGGGGGGCCUCAGCAGGUGGGAAGAACCAAGGGUGACCUUCAGACAAGCAGAGGGAAGGAACGCCCCACACCUCCCCUAGUAGAGACGUAUCUCCACCCAAUCUCAUCACUUCACUUAACAUCCCUGCAGGAGCAAUGAAGAGCACAAGUCUUUAUUUCUUCCUUCCUUCUCUAGCUAUCUCAAUGGUCAAUGGCAAGGAUUCCUUUUUGCCCUGAAUGUCAAUUUAGAUUCAGAUUUAUGUACAUCGAAACUGCAUCAUUUCUGUUAGCAACCAACACACUUGAGGGGUGUGCUGGGGGCAGCCCACAAGUGCUGCCACACAGGCUGGAGCCUUCAUUAGCAUGCCCAUAAUGCUCGGCAGAACAACACAGAACAUGACGUGCAACAAAACAACAACACUAGCAAAACAAGCCCUUCUCCUCCCACCCACCCACCCACCCACAUACAUUGACAGUACUCUGGCCCUUGUGGCUAAAGGGAUCAGGGAGUAUGGAGGGAAGGCUGGUACAGGGUUCUGAGUUGGAUGAUCAGCCAUGAUCAUACUGAAUGGCGGUGCAGGCUCGAAGGGCCGAAUGGCCUACUCCUGCACCUAUUUUCUAUGUUUCUACUCCAACUCCAGGACUAUCUCUGGGCCUCCAGCCUCCUUUAAUUAUAGAUCCGGUUCGGGAUGAUCCAUUUCAGUGCUUUUUAUAUUCAGUGACAACAUCAAACCUAAAAAGUACACUGACCCACAAGGGCCAAAGUGUGUCCUGGUAUAAAAGCUUUUGGGUCCUGGGAGGUAGUGACAUAGAAAUGUAUCAAUUUUUUUUAAUAGUCAAUUUUUCAUAAGCCACCAAUUAGUGUUAAACCAUGGCACCUUGCUCAAAUUCCCCCACAACUGUUCCAUUGCCCAAGUUGAUUUUUGUUGACCAAUGUGAGAAAAAAAAAUGUAAUGGGGAGGGGACAAGGUAACGAAUGAUUUGCAAUAGCACAAUUGUGACAUUCUAACAUUAGCUCAGACCGUCACCCAGUUUCCUUGGUGCAUUACACCCAGCUUACCUUCUGAAUUUGGAUUUCCUUCAACACAUUCCUUGCCUUCUUUCUCAACUCAUGAGGAACAGGUGUGAGCAUCUAACCUCAUUUGACACUACCAGCCCUUCUCACCUUGAGCUUGAUGGUCUGCCCGUAAAUUAUUUACUAAUGGGUGCCUCUAAUGUUCAUUAUAAACAGUUCAAAAACCCAGCGACUCUUCUCACCUGUCUGUCACCUCCUCUGGGUUCCCUAUUCCUUCCCUUUCUCCACUCCCCACUCUUAACAGAUUCCUUUACCUACAGCCCUUUACCUUCCCCAUCUACCUAGCUUCACCUAUCACCUUCUAGCCAUCCUCCUUUUCCCCCGAUCUUUUUAUUCUGCUGUCUUCCUCUUCUUUUCCAGUCCUGAAGAAGGGUUUCGGCCUGAAAUGUUAUUUGCAUAGAUGCUGCCUGUCAUCCAGCAUUUUGUGUGUCAUGCUCAAGAGCCUCGUGUGUUGUGUGUACUACUGUGUAACUGGUUACACUUUCCGAACUUAAAAUCUAAUUCUAACCGUAAACUAUGCACCUCAUAACAAGGGAGUCAUGGUGACUGAUUGAAAUAAGUACGAUUUUUGACUCGUUUUUAAUUUAUAAGAAAGGGAAGAAUUUCAGUCGAAGAGCCUUAUACAAAGACAUGGUAUGAUAAUAGAAAAUUGCUAACUAGCACUUUGAAAAAAGGAUAUAUUUUGCUGUUUCUACUGUUUUUAAAACAAGUUUACAGCUGGGUAUUUUAAUGCCAAAGUUCUAUUUAUAUUACACUUUGUAAAUAUAACAGCUAUUUUUUCACGGUUUUUAUAUGUAC